AUGAGCAAAAGGAUAAAACUAAAUCCUAAAGAAAAUUUACCAUCAGGAACAAUAAUUAAAGAUGUUCAUGAUAUUGAAUGGGAAAUUCAAGAUAUAAUUGGUAGUGGAGGAUUUGGGUAUGUUUAUUGUGGAGCGAAACAUAAAUCAAAAACAAAAACAGAUUAUGCAAUAAAGAUGGAAAAUAUGGAAAGUGGACCAUUGUUUGUAGAACGGAUGUUUUAUCUUAAAAACGUAAAAGAAGAAGAUGUUAAAAAAUGGAUAGCAAUCAAAAAAUUGAAAGAAUUUCCUUUGCCAAAAUUCUAUGGAUUUGGAAGCACCAUUUACAAUGAUAACAAAUAUAGGUUUAUAGUUAUUGAAAAGUUUGAUAAAGACUUGGAGGCAUUUCUUCAAACUGUUUUAGAUAGUUCACUACAAGGAACUGUCAUUAAUAUAGUUCGACAAAUUAUUGAUGCCUUAGAGUUCAUACAUGAAUGUGGAUAUGUUCAUUGGGAUAUAAAAUGUCAAAACAUAUUUAUUGGUAAAAAACCGAAAAAUAAUCAUGUGUAUUUAGGAGAUUUUGGUAUGGUAACUAAAUAUAAGACUGAAGAUCUUAAGCCAGAUAAGAAAUGUGCCAAUAAUGGUACAUUGAAUUAUAUAUCUCUAGAUGGCCACCAACGAGAGAACUCAGAUAAUGUUGAAAAGUGCUGUGGUUUUUAUGAAAAACAAUUUCUAAGAGCACUUAGUCGUAUUACAAAUGGUAUUGAUUACACGUCUAUUGACUCGGUGUAUACGCAACUGAAAAAUGAUUGCUGGCAGCAAGGUACAUUACACAGUGAGAUUCCAAAUGGGAAACAAGUGGUGAAGAUAGCAUACAGAUUAAAAGAUUACAACCUUAUAAUUGUUAAAAAGGAAAAAAAUGACGUAUUCAAUAAAGUGUCGCUAAAAGUCAAACCAGAAUUGCUACACUAUGCAUUAGAUACACAAUAUAAUUCUGAUUUUAAUUUAUUGUAA